AUGGAGAAAAGCGGAAGCGUCGACAGUCUAGGCUCUAAACAGUCGUCGUCCAGGCAGCCGAGUGUGGAUUCAUUGUCCAGCACCUCUACAUCUCGCUCUGACCGUUCCUCACACGCCAAAGCUCCAUCUGCUGUAUCCUCAGAAUCUGUUUCUACCUCCAACGAGUUUUCCCCACAGCUCCGGGGUAAAGUCAAGACUGCUGCAAAGACAUUCCAAGACUCCAGCAAAGAGCCGCAGCUGUUACCAAAAGAAACAAUACAAGAUGUUGCUAAAGAUGUCACCUACAUCUGUCCAUUCAUUGGAGCACUGCGUGGCAGUCUGACUGUUACCAACUACAGACUAUUCUUCAGGUGUAUAGACAGGGACCCUGUGUUUGUCUUGGACCUGCCACUGGGAGUCAUUAGUCGUGUGGAGAAAAUUGGAGGAGCAUCAAGUCGUGGAGAUGUCUCUUAUGGUCUUGUUUGUAAGGACAUACGAAAUCUGCGCUUUGUGCACAAGCAGCCAGAGGACACACUGAAGAAGUCUGUAUUUGAAGUUCUUAUGAAGUUUGCCUUUCCUGUUUCCAAUAACCUGCCUCUCUUUGCCUUUGAAUACAGUCAGGAGUUCCCAGAGAAUGGGUGGAAAGUCUACGACGCCUUAGCCGAGUACAGAAGACAGGGCCUGCCUAAUGAGAGUUGGAGAAUCUCUAAGGUGAACGAUCACUAUGAGUUGUGUGACUCCUAUCCGUCGGCUCUGGUGGUGCCCGUUACAAUCCCAGAUGAAGAGCUGAGGAGGGUGGCAGCAUUCCGGGCCAAGGGUCGUAUUCCAGUGCUGUCUUGGAUUCACCCGGAGAGCCAGGCCACUGUGAUUCGCUGCAGUCAGCCAAUGGCGGGUGUGAAUGGCAAACGCUGCAAAGAGGACGAGAAACUCUUACAGGCCAUCAUGGACGCCAACGCCCAGUCACACAAGCUCUUCAUCUUUGAUGCACGGCCCAGUGUCAACGCAGUGGCCAACAAGACUAAGGGUGGUGGCUAUGAGAGUGAAGACGCCUAUCAGAAUGCUGAACUUGUGUUUCUGGAAAUCCACAACAUUCACGUGAUGCGAGAGUCGCUACGGAAACUGAAGGAAGUCGUAUACCCCAACAUUGAGGAAUCUCAUUGGCUCUCCAACCUAGAAUCCACCCACUGGCUGGAACACAUAAAGCUCAUCCUGGCUGGAGCACUGCGCAUAGCCGAUAAGGUAGAAUCAGCCAAGACGUCAGUGGUAGUCCACUGCAGUGACGGCUGGGACCGCACGGCUCAGCUCACCUCUCUGGCCAUGCUGAUGCUGGACGCCCAUUACAGAACCAUCCGCGGCUUCCAGAUCCUGCUGGAGAAAGAGUGGCUUAGCUUUGGGCACCGCUUCCAACAGAGAGUUGGUCACGGUGAUAAGAACCACACAGAUGCUGAUCGUUCUCCUGUCUUCGUUCAGUUCAUUGACUGUGUCUGGCAGAUGACCCGACAGUUUCCCACAGCGUUCGAGUUUAAUGAAUAUUUUCUCAUCACAAUCCUGGAUCACCUGUAUAGCUGCCUGUUUGGAACAUUCCUGUGUAACAGUGAACAACAGAGAGUGAAAGAGGAGCUAGUGAAGCGGACGGUGUCACUGUGGUCCUUCAUUAACAGUCAGUUAGACGAGUUCUCUAACCCGUUCUACGUGCACUACUCUUCUCAUGUGCUCUUUCCCGUCGUCAGUAUGCGACACCUUGACCUCUGGGUCGCGUACUAUAUCCGCUGGAAUCCCCGGAUGAGACCCCAGGAGCCAGUGCACCUACGACACAAAGAACUACUAGCUAAAAGAGCAGAGCUUCAAAGAAGAGUGGAGGAACUUCAGCGUGAGGUGGCCAAUCGAGCAACUUCUUCGUCUUCUGAUAGGCCAGGAUCUCCCACACGCUCCAUCACACCUGUCCAAACAUUCGUUUGAUUGGCCAGCUGCUCCAGGAGGAGGUGUGGGAGGUGUGGGAAGAUGCCCUUGAGCCGUGUUUUGUCCGGUCCUGUCUGUUGAAUCAAUCUGACAGGAUGUCUCAUUCCAUCCCAGCGUUAACACACCUUAUGCAAUUAAUUAUGGACUUGGGGAUUAGUGAGCACCUUGAAAUAGUUGGGCGAGUACUCUGCUAUCGCGACAAUAUCCUGCGUGGAGUGUCCCCAGAACCCCUCUGACUGCUGGCACUGAGUGGCUUGGUUUCAUGUUAUCCUGGGGGGUAGACUAAAAAGCAGGAUUUCCGGGUUAGUUGUGAUUGGUUGAGCCACGAUACCACAUUAUCCAAUUUGACUGUCCCUCAGCUGUCUUUCUGUUGGAUGUUUUUGAUUCUGGAUCAAGUUGUCUAUUCCAUUUGAGAGAGCCCGCUUUGUGGAGUACUCCCUGUGGUCCUGCUGAAUCGGGAGUCUGGAUUGGCUUGGUGUAUUUACCAAUCCCUAAACUGACUUUGUGUUCAGGCUCUUUGCAUUCAUUCACACCCUGUCAGACUUUAUAUUCAAACCCUAGCCAUUGAAUCACACUAUAUUAUACUUUUGAUUCAAGUUUGUUUUAUAUGUCCACACCAUAUCAGGCUUUGGAAUCAAAUCUCUUUAUCAAUCUACACUACAUGAGGCUUAAGAAUCAAAUCCCUUUACCUGUUUACACUAUAUCAGGCUUUACAGUGAAACAUCAUUGCCAGACCACACUAUAGCAAGGUUUAGAAACAAACCCCAUUACCAGUCCACACAAUAGGAGGCUUAGGAUGCAAACUGCAGUUGCUGACUUAUUCUGAGUCAGGCCCGAGGUUCAGCCCCACCCACAGUCUAACAAACAGGUGUGAAACCUGCUUAGUGUAAGUUAAGCUUAGUGUUCAAUCCUCCAUCAUUCUGCUACUUCACACAGGUAAGUACUCACUCACCCUCUGUCUCAUGUACUGUAGGGAUAAAUUUCAUAACUCACUGUUGACUCAGAAUACUAGGACAGCACCAUUUAUACGCACUGAUUAUUUACUACAC